AUUAGAAUUUAUUUUAUAGAACAUACGUAGAAUUUGAUAGACAUUUUCAAAAUAGGCAACUGUAAUCCGUACAAAAGUAACCACAAAAGCAACAACAACGACAGCAUGUCGGAUGAAACUGAUUUUGAUAUUUUCAAGAAGUCAAAAUCUAAAGACAAACAUGACAAAGCAGACGCUGCAAAAUACGUUGGGCAACAAUCCCAUGACAUAAUUGCACCACCAGCAAAUCAGUUAGUUGUUUCACGCUCCACCGACGAGGAGUUCUACUCUAACAAUAAUCCAUAUGUGGGUAUUGCUGUUAUACUCAAUCACAAAUACGUCAAGGGUCAGAAGGAUCGAAUGGGUACGGAGAAGGAUCGCGAUACGAUAGCAGAUGUUCUAUGGUCAUAUGGCUUCGACGUGCGAGUCUUUAAUGAUCUGACAUUCGAAAAGGUGGACGGGCAGCUGAAGGCGAUCGCCAAAGAGGAUCAUACUAACAACGAUUGCUUUGUGCUAGUCGUUAUGUCACAUGGCGCCGAAGGCAGAGUAUUUGCCAGCGAUAUGAGCUACCCGGUUGAACGCCUUUGGCAACCAUUCUUAGGCGAAAAUUGUAGGAGUUUGAUCAACAAGCCAAAAAUCUUCUUUGUGCAGGCGUGUCGCGGCGACCGAUUAGACAAACCUGUCGUUUUUAAUGAAUUCGCUGUGAUGACUCGACAAAUGGGAGGACCGUCCGUGCCCGAAGAAAGACCGCCUGUGAUAACAUAUGCCAUACCAAAUACGGCCGAUCUGUUAGUAAUGUAUUCGACAUUUGAGAAGUACUACUCAUUUCGUAAUGUUGAAAAUGGCUCUUGGUUCAUACAAAGUCUUUGCGAAGUUUUCGCUGAGGCUACCAACAAGCCAAACGCAACAACGGAAGGGUUUGAUCUCUUACGUCUCCUCACCGCCGUUAACCGCAAAGUGGCUUAUGAAUAUCAGUCAUCCGCCAAAGUUGAGGUAUUGAAUCAAAUGAAGGAAAUGCCCAACUUUCUAUCGACGCUCACCAAAACAUUUUAUCUUAAAGUGAAAAGUCUACCACAAAAACAAAUGAUUUAAAAAUUACCCAGCUUUCUGAACAAUUAACGGCACUGAACAUUCAUACAUACAUAUGUACA